AUCUAAAUCUGGUUGAUAUGGGGAAAGUGUUGAAAGAAACAAACAGAGAUUACACUUAAGUAGACAUUGGGCAUACACACCCAUCUAUGGAUAGUGAAACGUGUUAACGAAGGGAUAGCAUGAAGUUGCAUUUAAACGUGCUGAGUCAAAUAAAAAAGUAGAGUAUUAUGAUGUUCACGUAAUUUGUUGACAAAUGUCAAGUCGUGCAAGUUUGUGAGGCAAUGCGCAAACUAGCCUUCGGAAUUAUUCAUGAGUGUAUUUUAAAUAUAGGCCUUAUGUUUUAAGUAUGUUUUAUUAACUUCAACCCGAUAACCGUGUAAAGUAUUGGCGUGGUUUCUAACCUGUAACUAGGCCUAAUGGACGACACGGAAGGUCCUCGUUGCUUCACGAAUGCGAUGUUUAGAUUCUCAGACAGUUGGGUUCUGUAUGCCCACCCCCCUUUGCAAUACGCACUGUUCCGGUGUCUUAAAGGUGUAGUCCUAUAUUUUAAAGUCUGACAAAACGGGAUUCCCCAUGUUGGCUGGGGAUUCUAGGUUCUAAAUUAAAUGGAUGGGGGGUGGGUACAGUUAACACUAAUAACAAGGGACCCCACAACUUAGAACUGUCCCCCAUCUCUCUUUAGGGGGUCUUGACUCUUGUGGGAGGUGCGGGACCACCACCCCCGCCCAAGCCCCAUAUCUUUCCAGCAGUCAUUGUAUGACGAUAUCCAAUUUAGUACACAUUUUAAAAGCAAAACUACUAUCCUUCUGGUACACUUUUCUGAUCAUUAAUUUAAAAAAUAACCCUUAUCUAUUGCCGCAAUUGUGUUUAUUAAAUAAUAGGUUAACUUGACUAUCUGAUUCUGAUUAAUCUUUAGAGUCAUAAAUCAAAGUCAUAAGCCUACAAAAAAUAGCAUAGUCAAAUCAACGGGCUCAUAAAUGAGCUUUUAUCUUAUCGGAAACGUUCAAAUGGUCAUACAUUUUUGUCUUCUCAGACUCAGAAAUGCGGUAAUGUCAAAGCCUCACCCUGUUCAAGGGUAGGCCUAUGACUCCAGCUGACACCGGAAUUCUCUUGAGAAGAUUUCUGGUCGGACUGGCUCCUGUGGUUGUCAUCUACUUGUGCGUCUUUAUAGUUUCAUUGUUACAUGUUAUUUCAAUCCUAGUCUAUUUUAAAAUAGUGACAACCCUUCCUCGCCCAGAAGUGAGUAUCAGUCUCUCUCAUCAUUCACACCUAUACAAGCACAGGUAAGAGAACCCCUGAUUACCCUAAAGGAUAACCAAUAGAUAUAAAUCAAGAUUAGACGUCAUCAUGCCAUCCAAGAUGAUCAUCAGGCAGCCUGAGCCAGUCAUGGAGUCGAAAGAAUCUGAUCAGUGGGGAUCUAAAAUCUGUGACUGCUGUGAAGAUGUCCCAGAUUGUUGUUUUGCAUGCUGGUGUUGUCCCUGCUAUGCCUGCAAACACAGUAAGGCAUACGGACAGUGCCUUUGUCUCCCUCUGCUGGACAUGUUUGGCUUCAUUCCACCAGUCUCAAUGGCAAUGAGAGUUUCGAUGCGUCAUCGCUACGGCAUCAAAGACACCAUGUGUAACGACUGUCUGUACGCCACCUUCUGUAACUGCUGUUCCUGGUGCCAGAUUUCCAAAGAGAUGAGGAGGAGGAACAUCCCUAUCAUCCUGGUCAGCGCUAAGAACACUUGACGACCCCCAGCCUCAUCACCUCCAGACCCCCAGCCUCAUCACCUCCAGACCCCCAGCCUCAUCACCUCCAGACCCCCAGCCUCAUCACCUCCAGACCCCCAGCCUCAUCACCUCCAGACCCCCAACCUCAUCACCUCCAGACCCCCAGCCUCAUCACCUCCAGACCCCCAGCCUCAUCACCUCCAGACCCCCAGCCUCAUCACCUCCAGACCCCCAGCCUCAUCACCUCCAGCACAGCCUGGAUCAGAUCCAUGCUCCUUUGUCAUGGUCACUGGUUUAUUAAAACAGACACAGCUCCAGAAUGAAUCGGGCAUUUGGUUUCCACAUGGGGGGUUUUGUAAUAGCUCUCCUAUAGUAAGCCGACCUUGUAUUGAAGCCAUUUUAUUUGUCUGUGUUGAUGUCUGUCUGUCUUUAGUUCGGCAUCUGUAUUGUUUUGGACAGAGAGAGGGAGAAAGUAGUGCUCUCGGCAGAAUGUAUCUCACACAACACUCCUGACCUCAUGUCUCCUAGCCAUAGCUACUAGAAAGGUAUGGAUAUUAGAUGUAUUUAUUUUCUCUUGCUCUUUUUCUCUCUCUCUCUCUCUUGCUCUUUCUCUCUCUCUCUCUCUCUCUCUCUCUCUCUCUCUCUCUCUCUCUCUCUCUCUCUCUCUCUCUCUCUCUCUCUCUCUCUCUCUCUCUCUCUCUCUCUCUCUCUGUCUCUCUCUCUCUCUCUUGCUCUCUUUCUCUCUCUCACACGCCCUUUCUGGAAGUGUUAACUUGCUGAUUUAAAUAUAUUUCUAUAUGCCUCCCUUUCACUUCCACACAUUCAUGCCAUUGAAAGUGAGAUAUUUAAGCCCUAUUGUCCCUUGUUCCUUUUGUGUAUCUCUAUCUCUCUCACUUGCACAUUCCACUGCACUUCCUGGUCAAUUAUUUAAACAAGAAAUAAAGCGUCGCUUUUCAUAACAAACG